AUGCAUUGCAUUGGUGCAUGCACACCACCCCCACCCAACCUCAAUGGCUGCCAACGCCCAAUCAGUGAACCCUGCAUUGGUAUCAAGCACAUUCUCAUUAAACUCUUGGAGCGUGGGAUAGAAAUUCGUCGGGUAUCCAAACUCGAGCGUGAAGCUGUACACCUUGUUGACGCCCUCGAUGCCCCAAUAUCUGCUAAAAGUGUAGUCGGCCACACCUCCCGACGUGGGAUAGAGUCCUACUCCAGGACCCGCCGUGUAAGGCCGUCCUCCAACCGCGCUCAUGGCUGUCACCGCUUUGGUCGCAACGGUUCGCAGGUUGCUGUCGUCCGUCGAUGGGAUAAACUCUUUGUAAACAUCAUCGCCGACCACCCCGCGUUUGCCAUCAAACUCGGGAUUGAGGAAAUUCUGAUUCGUGUCGUUGCUCUGUCCUUCGUCGUGGCCCCAGGGAUACAGUAUGUCGCCCGUCGCCGAAUGGAUAUCCAUGUAAAAGCGAACAUUCGGAAACUCCUUGUAAAUGGACACGAUGUUUUUGGCCUCCGCUUCAGACUCGGGCGCAGUCCCACGGAAGGUUUGAGAGCUUGGAGACGUCGAGGCCGGGUUCGCCGAGGGAUCAAAGUACUUUUGGAAAUCCCAGAGGAAAUCGAAAUUGCGAUUGAUGUCGACCCCAGUGGCACUUCCGUUGCCGGACGCAGUGUUUCUGUUCUUGCGCCAUAGAGAUCCCGUCUCCUGAUCGUACGCGACUCCAUCAGGGUUGACUAGGGGAAAGAACACAAUCCCAGCUUCGAGGAUACUCACCACCUGGUCAUUGGUGUAUGAUUUUUCACCGUACGUCAGGCCAAUCCCCGAUUUAUUCGCUGCUAGCAGGUCGGAUACCCAGUAUAUCAACUGAUCGGGUCCUCCUCGUUCGCGGGCAUGAGAUCCUGCAGUAAGAUAUAGAUGAUAGUUCGAUUUGUUUGAACCACCGCCAACAUAGCCAGCGAACUGUGUGACCCCUUCGAACGUUUUGUGUGGUAGGUCGACGACCGAGACAGAAUCGUAUGCGUUUACCAGACCUCUGACAGCGGUGCUGAUUUCUCCAAUAUUCAAGAGGGUUUCUAUACUUGCCUGAGUUCGCGGAGAAAAUGUUAAUAAACAAAAUUUUUGGCAGUGGGAUGUUGCACGCGGGAAAUACAUACUCCUGCCUCCUUCGUGCCUAGGCC